AUGGAUUGGGCUAUACAGGCAGCAAAGAAAAAGACAGAAACUUUAGCAGGGGGUUCAAGAUCUAUAGUAGAGUCAUUAAACGAGUUGAAUAAUGUUUUGGUGAAUGGCCAACAAGAAAUUAAUUCAGUUAUUAAUGAUACUUGUGAUUGGUUGAAUAAAGAGUACAGUUUUAUUAAGGAUAACUCUAAGCAUAUUAAUAUAUCCGGGGGUAAUAAAUUGGCAAAUAAGAAUAGUUUAGUAAGUCCAGAGAAAACAAUAGCCUUCAAUUUGACAGAUAGAUCAACCAAUUUAAGCAUUUUAGAAAAUAAACUUUCUUCAAGUGAUAUCGAAAACAUAAAUCCAAACACUAACACGAAUAAUAACCAUAACCAUAAUCAUAUCCAUACCCCUGAUAGAAGAGAAAAUAUAUUACCUAGUGUAACACCGAAAUCAUUAGCAGAGGAUAAUGCAACCCAAGAAUUACAAGUACAAACUUCAAAUAUUAUUGAAAAUACUACAAGUAACGAAAACUCAAAAGUUUUAAAAUAUAGUUCUAGAAAGUCAUCUCCUUGGUCUCCAUACAAGGCUGAUAGGCUGCUAAAAGAAUCAACUUCGAAUAGUAGCAAUAAUAUAACAAGAAUUAUUACUUCUUCAAGUCAUCACUCUGCUUUGAGUUAUACAAAUUCAGGUGAGUCCCGAAAAGAUUUAGAAAAUGCAAAUACCUCCACAAAGGGUGAUUCAGAAUUAGAAGUUUCUAGAAACACUUCAUUGAUAAGUAUUAACAAUACUGAACCUAUUUUAAAAACCAGGACCAGAAAAUCUUCUUUAAGAGAUAUUUCCAAAAGAAGAUCAAAUAUGUUUGUUCCAUUACCCAACAAAGAUCCUUUAAUAGUUCAACCUGUUACAUCAGCUCAACAAGGAACAAAUGUGCUUCAAAGUUCAACAAGAAAGUCUUUGGUAAAUUCGAGGAUCUCUAUACACAAAGAAAGUGUCCCAAUUUCACAUACUUUGUUACCACCAAAUAAUAUAAGCCGUUCCAAAUCCAAUGAUAGAAAAUCACCAUCUAAUAAUUCAACAAUAACAAGUAUUAAGAGUCCAUCUUUUAAUGUCACUACAACCGGAACUAUCACUACAAGUGUAACAAGAUCAACGGCAACUACAUCCAAUGUAUUUGAUAGAUUAACAUCAAUUUCGACUAAAUCUUUUGAAAAUAAAGUAAUUUCCAAAUCUGCUAGGCUGUCCUCAUCUUCAAUUGAUAUGGCUGGUUCACCAAUUCGAAGAUCAUCAGCUAACAGCAAAAUUACAGGUACAAUAGAUUCUACUAUGCAAGAGGCGUUGAAAAGCAUAUUCUCUACUAAAGAAAGGUUACACAAUGGUAAGACACCAAGUCGUACUACAUCUCCUACUAGUAUGAAAAAAUCUAUGAUACCCAAACUUAAUAGAUAUGAGCAUAAUAGCGGGACGUCAGGUAUAGAUAGCAAGAUGAAAUCAAUUCCUAACUUGCCUGUAACUUCAAAGCUUUCACCUACUUUUAAACACUCAUCAAACUCUAGACAUAAUAAAUAUGAGAUCAAAAGUUCUUCAAACAACUCUCAUCUUCAUUCAGAAAUGAAGAUUAAGAGAGAUGGAAUAAAUACUUCAAAGAAUCCUAAAUCUCCCAUCAGACAGAGUAACUUAAAUAAAAGCUUACAUCCUAAUUCUUUAGUAAGUAAUGAAGAAUUACUAGAGAAACGUGAUGUAAAUUCAGGUAAGUUGGAAAAAGAUUCAAUAUCAGAGAGAACCAACGGCAUGAUUGACUCUAACACCAAGGCAAAGUCACAAAAUAAUCGACUUACACGUUUUAAAUUAAUUUCUUCAGCAUCUAAUGAUCAAGAUAAAACUAAUCAGAAAGCUAUUAAUGUAACCGCGGAGCCUACCAAUCAGGGCACUAUUUCGAAGAAGGAUACUGUUAAAGGAAAGAGAGAAUCAAUUCAAAAACCAAUCGUAUAUACAGAUUUCAGAUCUUCUACAACAACCAAGAAGAAAAUACCAUCCACCAAUAUCAAUUCGAGUAAACGGAAUAAUUCAUUUCUUCAGAAUGGAUUUUUGAAUCAUAAUGUUUUACACGAUUUGAAUACUGUUGAUCAUAGAACAAAAAUAGGUGGUAGCAGCAGUAGCAUAACAAUAUCAAAAGCUACUAAGGAUGAACACUGCGGCGAUCAAAGUUUACCUGAAAUAUUUUCUGAUUCAGAUGAAGACGAAAAUACAAUUAUUGCAUCAUGGGCUAAAAGUCCCUACCUAGAAGAGCAACUGAUAAUUCAGCAGAAUUGGGAUCCAAAACAAAUUUUUGGUUCAAUUCCUCCAUUGCAUAUAGAUGAAAUUUUCCAAAGUUCGAGAUUGAACAAAUUGAAAGCACGUCAGUCGCUAACCAAGAAGUAA